UCCAUUAUCCAAUCUUUCCUGUCUCCUGUCAUCUAGCAUCCGAAAUUCGUGCGUGUUCCAUCUCGGACUGUUUUGCAAGUUUAUACCUGCUUUUGCUAUUUGGCUGGUCAAAGUCAAAACCUGCAACUAAAUAAAUAACCUGCAAAUCCGUUUUGAAAACACAAAACAAACUAUUUACGUAUAGUUUUACCUAAAUUCGUACUUAAAUAUGCCACCUGUAUAGGGUCCCAAUUGUCUGAGCAAUAUCCUUUUUUUGCUUUUUGUUUCAUUAUUUUACUAGUGCAUGGACAACAGGCUUUGUCAGACUAAGAAAUGGACUCAAAAUGCUUUGUACCAGAGUGCAACAGAUCUGUAGGCGUCCUAUUCCCAAAGAAUGCAGAGGUUAGAAAUAAGUGGCUUCGGGAAUUAGGACUGGAAGAUUACAAGCCAGAUUCAAAAAGCUUUAUAUGCCUCAAGCACUUCGGAGCUGAUGGUCAGCCAUGUAGAAAUUGGAAGGAGACUAAAUCCAAAGGAAUAUCUAAUAAUGAUACAUCGCAAGAAGUCAUAGAUCCCAAAAAGUUGGAGACUCUAAAAAAGCUUUCAAAAUCAAAUAGUAAAUCUCGAAGAGGGAACAGAUACCAAGAAAAUGCUGGAAGUGAGUCAGAUGAGGUGUCAGAAACUUCUCAUCAAGGGCGCGGGAGAAAAUGUCGUUUAUGUCUGACUACCUCCACCAAUGUUAAAAAUCAUGUUUUUGAUAAAAUAACUACAUCAGUCACUAUCGCUCAAGCUGUUACAAUUUGUCUCGUUCCCUUACAGAUAUCAUCCAAUGACAAACUUUCAAAAUAUGUAUGUUUUGAUUGUACUAACCUCUUAAAAUCUUAUUACAAAUUUCAUGUGAAAUGUUUUGAAAAUGAUCGGAAGCAACGUUUAGAAACUAGGAAGAUGCAACAUAAGAGCGAAAAUGAUGCAGAUAGUGAAUAUUCAGAUGAGUAUUGGCAUGAAGAGGGACUGAGUGAUUUUGAAGAGAUGUCUAAUAAGUAUUGUAAAAAGGACUAUUCGUAUAAUAAAUCUGGACAAAAGGAUCAGACAAAUGAAGACUUGAUUAAAGUAUUAGAGGGAAAUGAUGAAGUGGUUUUAACCAAAGUAAAAAAACCACCUCCUUCUAUUGAUGAGGCUUCUAAUGAUGACGAGGAAUCACAAUACGAGUCUCUUAAUGAGGGUGACGAGACAGAAGACAUCAUUAUUGAAAUGGUCGAUGAUAAUGAUCAGUCGCCUGAAUCUUCGCCACCGCCCAUAGACCUACCGGAAAACAUAACUAUAAGAAGGGUGCAAAAUGGUGUUAAAAAACCAGAAAAACGAAAAAUUUGUGACAAAAGUGACAAUGAAAACGGACGAAAACAAAGACGUAUUUUGCCAAAAGCGGAACCUGGGACUGUUUUUCCUGGGGAAAAAAAUUGGCAGAAUCAAUCUGUUAACACUUACACCUCUCCCUUGGGAACUUAUCAGGCUUCUCAAAUUAAGUAUGUUGCGAAUUCCACAUUUAUAUUGGCCGGAAACUAUCUGUAUAAACUGGGACUAAGGCUAAAUCAAGAAAGGCGUUUAUCUUGCGCAAAAUUAAAAUGUCCAGCUCAGGCAAUUCAGAAACAGCUUGCUCCGAAAGAAUACGCACAGAAAAUUACCGUAAAGGUAGGCCACAAUCAUCCAGAACCUGAUGAAGAUGAGAGAAAAAUCCAAAUGUUUUAUCAUUUGUUGUAUUUGGACAUGAAAAGACAGAAGCAUUUCAAUUUUAAAACGCAUUACGAUGAGAUGUGCAAGCUAGAUCCAAGCAUCAUGAAACUCUUGCCGAUUCGCGAUGUAGUAAAAGAAAUAUGCAGACAAGGACCAGUCCAUAUUACAGAAAAAAUACAUACGUUUAAUGACCUUUUCGCCCAUAUUGAAAGUGAAAACUGUAGUAAGCUACAGUUUAAUCUUGAGUCAAUUCAAUUUUAUCAGGCAAAAUUUGCAACAGGUGAUGGAGCAAAAGGACUGUUAUUUGGCAAUGAGGAAACUAUUGAGAAAUACUCUUCUGCUAAAGUCAUGUACGUAGACUCCACUUUCGUCAUUAAAACCCAAGAUUUUCCGAUUAAUUUGGUCACUGUUUUGGCGUUGAAUAAUCAAGCAUUUCAUCCAGUAUGCUUCGCCGUUGUAAAUAAACAUUCUCAAGAGCUAUACAGGAAAAUAUUUGGUUUUGUUUAUCAUACUUUGGCUCCGAAACUGAGACCUGAAGAAAUUGUCACCGAAUUUGAGGCGAAUCUGUAUUACGCCUUAGGGGAGACUUAUAAUUCGGACUCUGUUAUUGGUGGCUCAAUAUUCUCUUACGCCCAAAAUAUUUACAAACAAUUAUGUUCUCUCAAUUUGUCAAGAAAAUUAGAGCUAAACGCCCGCUUCAGGCAUAUUUUUGACAUGUUAGUGAUCCUUCCCUUAAUGCCAGUGAAUUCGGUCAAGGAUGCCUUAAGCUAUAUCCAAAAUGAAGCGAACAAGUUGCAGUUUCCUGAAAAACAAAUCGAUGAUUUAUUCACUCACGUCAAACAAGAGUGGAUCGAGAAAGUUAGCAUUGAGUUGUUUAGUAUUCAUCGCUUAGAGCAUCGAAUAAGCGAAAACGUAGUUCCAACAUUUAAGAAACUCCGAGAUUUUUUAGUUCAAACGAUAAAUGUCACAAAAAACAAAUCGAUUACUAUUGAUUUGGUUAUUUCAAAACUGAUGGAACUAGAUAAACAUUAUUCAGUACCUGUUAGUGGACAUAAUGUUGAAUAUAGAACGUGUAACGCACAGAGAAAACUGAUUUUAAGAGUUUGGGAUUUUCUCGACUCUAAUCCCGAGAUUAAUGUAGACCAGUUAUUUAAACAUUUAUCGAGUUUUGUAAAGAAUUUGGAGAAUCAGUUAUGGAUUUGGGGCUUGUAUAGAUUUGACGGUCAAUGCAACGAAAUGUUAAUCGAUCGCAGGAAUUUUAUAAUGGAUACAGAUGCAAAUGAACCAGUGGAAAAUGAACAAAUUAUUAAAGAGGCGAACCCCAAAACAGAUAUUAAAGUUGAAGGUUCUCAAGAGGGUCUUGAAGGAGGGCAAGAAACUACAGACACCGUCGAAGAAUACUAUUUAGAUGAUGGCGGAGAAAUAAGAAAAAUCAGCGCUGAUAAGUCAAACUCGCAACUUUUGACCGAGUUUACCGAAGAAAUGGAAUACGAUAUCGAAGACAGUUUAAAAGUAGAAGACCUUGAGGAGGGUGCCGAUGUCGUUGAAUUAUUUGAGGAUUCUAAUGGUGAAUGUUACAUUAUUGAAAAUGGGGAGAAGAAGAUGGUAUCGCAAGUGGAAGGGGACGACGCCAUUUCGUUUAUGUAUCAGUAAUUAAUUUUAUUAUGUUAUAAGAUUUAAAAAGUAUUUUUUGUGAAAUAGUUUGUUCUUGUAUAAACUAGUAUAAAAAUUGUAAAUAGUUAUUUUAGGUUUUUAUAAUAAAUCGAAUGGGUUAUAUAAUAAGGUUUUAAAAAAUAA